UAGAGGUGGACGUGGUACGGAACCGGCUGUAGCAUCAUCAUCAUCACCAUCAUCAUCACCAUCACCGUCCUCAACACUACCACUGCCAUCAUCACCAUCCUCCUCCUCCUCUUCCUCACCAUCACCAUGUCCUCGUCGUCGCGCAAGAUCUCCUCCGAGUCGUUCAGCAGCUCGGUGGGCUCGGACUGCGGGCUCGAAAGCCCCGGGGGAGAUGGAGGGGACGGCGGUUUGGAGCCGGCGGAGGAGAGCCGAGGCUGCCCCUUCUCUUCCUUCCCCUCCUCCCACAGAGCGGUGCUCUGGAACGGCCGCAGCCUCGCCGAGAGGUCGGCGUGCCCGGCGGGCGAGGAGCAGCAAGGACCCGGUGGACCCCACAAGAGGGUCACCAGAAGGAGACGGGUGAACCUGGACUCGCUGGGAGAGAGCCUGAGGCGACUGACCUCACCCACGACACAGACUGUUCAGGAGGCCCUACAGCGAACUCUACAAUUCUACAGACAACAAGAGAUCAGGUGUCAGGAAGUUGGCAGUGAGGAGAGGCGACGAGAGAAGAGAGAGGACAAGUGUCCAUUUCUAGAAAAUUCUGGUUCAGAGGAAGAUGUCCUGCAAAUCCUACAAUACAUGGCCACCAUACUGGGAGUACCAUUCUGUGAGCUGCGAGAACAUUUUGGAGAGGAGUUCUUUGGCCUCUGUUUUGAAGAAAAUGAACGAGUGCUUCGGGCCGUAGGUGGCAACCUCCAGGACUUCUUCAAUGGCUUUGACGCCAUUUUGGAACACAUUCGCACCUCCACGGGGCGCCGUGCAUCAUCUGAGAGCCCCUCCUUCCAGUGCAAGGAUCCCCAUGAGGAGGAGAAAGGGCGAAGAAAAUUGGACAAGAUUGGAGAACGAGGUGGAAGAGGGAAAGUGUUGCUUCUUCAUUGUUUCAACCCUGCUCCUGUUGUUGGAUUGGUCAUGCCAGGUUUAAUCAGAGCUGUUGCCAGGCGUAUCUUUCAUUCAGAGGUUGAGGUGGAAGAGGUGCCACCUCUAACUCCUUUAUUGCCCAAUGAAGAUGCAGAACACACAGAUGGUGACUCUGCAACCCCAACUCCAACUGCGUCCCCCACCGCCUCACCCUCUUCGUCCCCGUCCCCUCCCUCUCCUUUUCCAACCUCUGUUCCCACAGUUUGCCUGUCCUUCCAAAUCCAGGAGACGUGCCCUCCUUCCCUCUCCUCCCUCCCAAAUGCUGCCUCAGCGAGCACCAAACGGCCCCCCACCUCACUCUCCACCAACCCCAGUGAUCUGCGCAUUGGCCUGGCCACGUUUUGCCGUGCCUUUCCAUUCCACCUUGUCCUGGGGCCUCGCAUGGAGCUACUGCAGCUCGGAGAAGGACUGAGGAGGCAGGCUCGCAUUGAGCCUCACCGGAGCCUCUCAUUCAGGGACUGUUUUGAGAUUGUCUCUCCCAAGAUGGAGCCUUCGUUCCAGGGAAUCCUGCUGAGGCUUGCAUCCCCAUUUACCAUUCGUACCAGGCCCGAUACCACACAGGCUGGCACCAAGGAGAAGGUCAUGGAACUGAAGGGUCAGAUGAUCCACGUUCCCGAGUCCUGCUCCCUGAUGUUUCUGGGCUCACCACGUGUUGAUAAGUUGGAGGAGCUGAUGGGCAGGGGCCUCCACCUGUCAGAUAUCCCCAUCCAUGAUGCUACGCGGGAUGUUAUCCUAGUGGGGGAGCAGGCCAAGGCCCAGGAUGGCCUGAAGAAGAGAAUGGACAAACUUAAGGCCACAUUAGAACGGACUCACCAGGCACUGGAAGAGGAAAAGAGGAGAACCGUGGAUCUCCUUUACUCCAUAUUUCCAGGUGAUGUGGCACAGAAACUGUGGCAGGGUCAACCGGUGCCCGCUCGCAAAUUCGAUGACGUCACCAUGCUGUUCUCAGACAUCGUGGGCUUUACUGCUGUGUGCGCCCAGUGCACACCUAUGCAGGUUAUCUCCAUGCUGAACGAGCUUUACACACGCUUCGACUACCAGUGUGGCAUUCUGGAUGUUUAUAAGAUCGAGACAAUAGGUGAUGCCUACUGUGUGGCAGGAGGACUUCACAAGAAGGUUGAUAGUCAUGCGAGGCCAAUUGCACACAUGGCUUUGAAGAUGAUGGAACUUUCCGAAGAAGUGCUGACACCUGAUGGAAAACCUAUCAAGCUAAGGAUAGGAAUCCACACGGGCUCAGUGCUGGCAGGAGUGGUCGGGGUUAAAAUGCCACGUUAUUGCCUGUUCGGGAACAAUGUGACACUGGCCAGCAAGUUUGAAUCAGGGAGCCAUCCGAGGUGUAUCAAUGUUAGUCCCACAACUUACCAGUUGCUGAAAGAUGACCGUUCUUUUUCAUUUGUACCUCGUUCACGACUGGAGCUCCCUGAGAAUUUUCCCAAAGAGAUCCCAGGGACAUGUUACUUCCUGGAGGCAGGGACGUCUCACAGUCAUGCCUCGCUGACCAGCUCUCGCUCCGCUCCCCCGGCCUCUAUGAGGAAAGUCUCCUACAGCAUUGGGACCAUGUUUCUAAGAGAAACAAGUUUGUAGGUCCCAUACACAGACUAGGAUGCACAGGUACAUAUUCAUUAAGUGAGAGGCUGGAUUUGAACCUGGGGAACAUGCAGGGAAACGAUCACUCGGAUCUUUGGAUAUGCAAAUGCAUUAUGUG